AUAUAGAAAAGUCACAAAUCGGUUAAACGUUAAGAAACGUUACGUUGACGAGGAUUUCACUUUAUCUGAGGCCAGCUUCCAGGAACAAAAUGUCGUUAAAUGUACCAAUCAUCGAUGUUCAUCGUGAUAAUUUUUCAGAUUUCUGGCCUGCCAUAAAUUUAGCGAUCCAGACAGCUUCAUUUAUUGCUAUUGAUGCAGAGCUCAGUGGUCUAGGAUGCAGGAGAAAUCUAAUGGCAAAAUCCAUUGAGGAUAGAUACAAGUCUAUUGCCGAGGUUGCCAAGACCAGGUCUAUCCUUUCGUUAGGGCUAUCCUGCUUCAAGAUCCAAGAUGAGGAGGACCAAAAUGGUCCAGCUGACCAGACAGCAGCGGGACCAGGACCGGGUCCGAAAUUCCUGGCCCAGACCUUCAACAUCCUGACAUUGUGUAAUGAGGAUUACAUGGUAGAGCCAGGGGCUCUGCAGUUCUUGGUGGGACAUGGAUUUGAUUUCAAUAAGCAGUAUUCCUGUGGUGUACCGUACUGCAGGGGACCUGAUAAGAAGGAGGAUAAAUCGUGGCCUUCUCUCCGGCUUCUUUUCAACCACAUCUUGGCUUCCAGGAAGCCCCUGACCCUUCACAAUGGUCUAGUAGACCUAGUGUUUCUCUAUCAGAACCUCUACACUGAUCUUCCAGCCUCAAGUGCCCAGUUUGUUGCAGAUCUUUACGAGAUGUACUCUGGCGGAAUCAUAGACACCAAAUAUGUGGCAGAGUACGAAGCCCGGAUGCCUGCAUCGUACUUGGAAUACGUCUUCAGGAAGAGCCAAAGAGACAAUGCCAUAAGAAAGCUGAAGGGACUCUCCCAUGCCUCUGUAGUCUUCUGCCAAUACUCUUCCGAUAUGAAUGCUGUGGAAUACCAGAGUUACCUACUACCUGCAGACUUCGAAGAGAGGCAAAACAAAGGAAAUUCUGGAAACAAGACUACUGAUGUUUGCGAAAUCUAUGCGGCCCAUGGAUGUUGCGCCAAGGGGAUCCACUGUCCAAAGUCUCAUGAUCCUAAUGCAAUCUUAGAUUCCGAAGAGAUCAUCAUCGAAGAAAAGCGUAAGCGCAAGAGGAGAAGGAGAAAUCGCAAGAAUCGUAACCAGGAAAUGGACGUCCAGGAUGGAGAGACUGAUGAGAAAAGGAUGAAAGAUGGAGAUGGUGAGGGAGAGGAGGAGCGGAAAGAUGAAAGCCUGGAUGUAGGUAGUACUGCGCCUGAAGCAAGUACAGGAGUUGGUGAGGAAACUGUCCCAGUGGUGAAUGGUGAUAACCCUGAUCUUGGCAAGGAAAAUGGCUCCGAUGCUCCAACUGAGUUGAACCCUCUAACAGAUGGUGUCAGUAGAUCGAAUCAGACCAAACCAACAUCUCUAGCACCAAAGAAAUCAGGAAGCCACCGUGCUGGCUUUGACGCCUUCAUGACUGGCUUUGCUACUGCGGCUUUCAUUGCCAGAUUUGGAUCAGCGAAGACUCCAGAGGGCAACGGACAGGUGCAGAGUUCGGCUGCCAGACCGAUACAAGGUGGACAGUUCACCAGUCGUGUAGGACAGUUGGACCAGCCAAAAUCCUGCGUUGACUGGUACGGCAUUGGGCAUUUGACCAAUAAGUUGUACUUGAGCGGUAAGAACUAUCCUCUAGCUGUGGCCAAGAGUUCCUUCACCAAGACUUCCUUGUUGCAUAAGGAUAAGAUGGACAUGAUUAUAAAGCUGAUGGCAAGAUGAGGAUUAACAUGGUGUUCGAUGGACAAAAAAGAAUUGAGAUUUGAAAGUACAUUAUACCUCAUGGCUUAGUUCUUUUAUCCAAUACAUAUUUUCCCAAUCUAAAGGUGUUUCACCAUGCGGUACAUUCUUCUGGAAAUGGUCAAGACAUUAAAUUUUUGUGCCAGGCUUCUUAAAAGUAUAUGUAUGGGGCAUUUUCAUUUUUGUGCAGUUGAAGAGUUGCAACGUAUCACAAAAAUGUCCACACCAUGAGUAUUCUAGCCAUGACUUUAGUUGAAGCUCCACAUUUCUUGUUUAGAAUCUUCUCUGCUCUACUAUCCAACACGCAAAUGAACGUGGGGGGAUCCAGGGGCCCCUGCAGGAGGUCGUGUGGGGACAAAGCCCCCUGAAGUUUUGGAAUAUCAGGCAUUUUAAAUGGCCAAGAGGGGUCUUAAUUAAUAUCAACAGAAGAUAUAGAAAUGCCAACAAACUACACAAUUUAUUAAGAAAAAAAAUGCUUAUUGACAUUUCACAAUGCAGUAAUACCAGUUCUGCACCCAGAUCUUGUAACUGAAGUGACAUCGAUUUUGCUCGGGCUGAAAGAAAAUCAGGCUUGCUGGAUGUGAUGGCGUCUCGAAGAAUGUUGCUCGUAUGAAUGUUUCUGUAUGUGUUCUUUACGAAGUUCUUGUUUGAAAAUCACUGUUCACACAAGAAUAUUUUGAUCCAAAAAUGGUGUGAAUAUUAUUAGUUGACAUGCUCCUAAGGUCAGGGGAACCAAUAAAUUAAAUCCAAAAUUUUUCCUAAUCUUGACCAGUGAACUGUAGCUCUUUAGUUCAUCGUCAACCCAGAGCUCGAUGAGUUGUUCUUGAAGAUCUUGCUGGGACAUGUCUGGAAAAAUUGUUGCUACUUUCUCAAACUAUCUUUUAUCUGUUGGGUCAAAUAUAGCUGCAAUUUUUGUUUUCCCUUUGUAAUAAAAUGAUCAUCAAACCUCAAUUCCAGGUUACUGCUGUAGUAGAUUAAACCAUUUUUCUCAUGUUUUCCCUUUUUUCAUACCGGUUCCCACAUGCCACUCCGCAAGGCUCGAUGCUCCACCAUUUGAUAAAUUCUAGUCUUCUUGUCAUUGAGAGGGGUACCGAGGUACCUCUUUGGGCCUGGAACAAAACCCUGAACCAGUAUUUAAAUUGUAGAUGAGUUUGCUCUAGGACAUAUUUAGCAAGAGUCUAUUAAUAUGUUAUAUAGGUAACUCUCCCUAAUUUCAUAGGACCAGAAAAAUCUGGUAGACAAAAUUUGACUUACGCCCGGCGCACACUAUGCGAUUCGUUGCGAUCCGAAUAUGAAAUAAAUUAUAAUAACAUUUGAAAUGAACAUUCAAGCCGAUAAAAUAGUAGCGAUCAGAGUUCAGAAUAGUGGUAAGGAGUACUGAAAUCGAAAUUCAGUCUGGUUUGGGUCUACCUGUAGAAAAUACCUAUAAGAAAAUUCAAUUUCAAAUCGUAAUGACGUCAUCAUCAGCUGCAACUUGAAGCCGACUUUACUCCGAUCACACGGCUUGUUGCAAAGCAAAAUUGAUAUUUUAUUAUUCCUAACAUAAUGCAGAAUUUCAAAUUAAAUCAUUUGUGAAAUUUUGGAACCUUUUCAUUAAUGCGAGAUGCAAUUUAUAAAAGAAAUCACAUCGCAGUGGAUCGCAUAGUGUGAGCUGCCCUUUAGAAAAGGUAUAUAACAUAUGUUUUGAUUAAUCUGGUCUAAAAAAAAUUGCUUCAUCUUAGACGAUAUUUCGACUUAUGGAAGGUCAUCUUAGGCAGUUACUUGAACUUAGUGGUCGUUUUUUCAUAUCUGUUGUUUUUAACCAGAUACAUUCCAUAUUCUAAAUUUUGUUUGGAAUUGUUUGACACUGUAUGUGCUUAAUUAUUGAAUUAUAUUAAAAAAAAUAAUAAUAUUGGUGACAUCUUUUGUCCAAAUUGUCACCUUUGUUAUUUGAAGCAAAAACUAAAAUCUAAAUGUUGUACAACGCCUACUUAGCUUGUUGUACGUGAGCAAAUGAGAGGCUGAAUAUGAAACAUUUGUGCCGUUGCACAUGGUGCACCAUCCAUAAUGUACCGACCGUUGCUCGGGUCAAAAGAUGACGUCACAAUAAAAAAUAAAGAUUCAACGCAUUGCAUGCGCUAAGUAGUUGCAGACGCGCAUGGUAUACUGGCUAAAUAUGCAUUGUCAUUGCAGAUCAGAUGCGCGUUGGAGGGACUUUACUUUCGCUUUCGAAAAUUUCUCUCUUAUUUUCAUAGAUGAACAUAGGAAAAACUUGAUUAUUGUUUGUAUUUUCACUAACUUUUGAGGCGUUGUUCAACUCAAAUAGCGAAUAUUCUUAUUUGUGCAAUGGUGCAAAAUUUCGGAUUCGAUGAAAGAAAUAAACACUAUAUUCAACUCGGCUAACGCCUCAUUGAAUAGAGCAUCACACUCAUGCCUAUUCGCUAUUUGUAUAUUGAACAAUCAUGGGUUCAGUCAAUGCAAAGGUUGCAUAAAUUUAAUCAAUAAUCAUUUUCAACCAACUGGAACCAAGAUAUUAAUAUUGUUCAACUGCCAAUCAAAGUGUAGAUUUCCAUAAAGGGCAAAGUCAUUGGAAUUGUUUUUGUGAUAUGGUACUCAGUCUUGUCAUUGCCAUGUUGAUAUUCUUGUUGAUAUUCGCAGUCAUGCUGAUAACAUGACUCCACUUUCAGUUAAUAAUUUUGUGUGGAAAUUUAAUUCAGUAGAUUAUCAUUUUGUGUGGAAUGAAAUAUCCCCAAAUCAAUGAAGAAUAAAAAUGACUAGUGGGCAUUUCCGUAAAAUAAUCAAACUUUUUGUACAUCCGACCCCAUUUUUCUCAAGAUUUACUUCACUCCAUAAACUGACCAAGUCAUGGUCACUUGAGAGCAUUACAGACUGUCAAAAGAACAAGAAAUAAGAGGCAGAAAAUUUCAUGAAGGUCCCACAUAUAGGGGGUCGGAUGUAUCGGAUGUACAUAUUUUAUGGAAUUGCCCAUGUGUGUCAUUUCAGAUCGUAUACAGUGUACAGAUUUCUAAAGAGUUUAUCUGUGUCACUUUUUUUCUACCAAGACAAAAUAAAAUAUAUUCUCUCAUUUUUUAAGAGAGCAGCAUAUAUAGCAUAUAUUUGCUUUUAUGUCAGUUUGCAUAGAUGCAUGAUAUUUUUACACAAGUAUACUCGGAUAUGCAGGUAUAUAUUGAACAAAUAUGUAUGGCCGUUAUAGAGUAGGUGGUUGGAACUAUGGUUCCCGAAGUGACUGCAGAAUGCGACCAUUAUCGCAUACAGUCGCAUUUGCGUCACUGCGAGGACCAUAGUUUCACCAAACCUCUGAUUGAAGGUCGUAUACAUUUAUUUUAUAUCCAUCAUGGGUAUUAUUAUAAAAUAGAAUAAAUGGGAAAUAUAAUUGAAUGAAUAACAAUAAGG